GUCACAUUAUGUAUCUGUAUCUCGAGGAACACUUCUUCGUCUUCACCUUUCUUGUACUCCUUGGAUACUUCUGCCUAUGUCUUGUACUAUUCUGCAUGGUCGGUUACACAUCGACAAUACGAACGCAGGAUGAUAUCGAUGUGUACCGAAUGGUCAUUGUGCGAGCGCGAUCCCUCGCUGUGAUGGUUGUAACUCACGGGAUUCCACUACCACUGCUAUAUCUAUUUCAGGUCUUCGUCUCGAAGCUGGUCCAAGGUGCUCUAGGUCUCGUUCUCUAUUCUCAAUUAGCCUCAAAUUCAGAAUGUUGUCAUGGUACUCAUCCCUGAAAUGCGGCGUGAUCAUCCAGUGAGACUUAUGGUUUCUCGACGACGAAGCAUGGUCGGCGCGACAAAGGCAGCUUUCGUUCUCGCGACGCUUGCACCUAGCGCUCUUGCGGCUACCUAUUCACUCUCAGAUAAUCAUGUUGGAACAAACUUCUUGUCUACUUUCACGCACCAAGCCAUCGCUGAUCCUACUCGUGGACGAGUGAACUAUGUAGAUCAAGCUACUGCGCUUGCUCAAAAUCUCACCUUUGCUUCCGGGAACACGCUCAUUCUUCGCGCCGACUCUAAGACCACCCUGAGUUCUUCUGGUCCUAGUCGAAACAGUGUCCGCAUCAGAUCCGUUAAGACUUACACAACCCAUGUCUCUGUCUUCGAUAUUCGUCAUAUGCCUCAAGGAUGCGGCACAUGGCCUGCUGCUUGGGAAACAGACGAAGCUUCUUGGCCAAAUGGUGGGGAGGUCGACAUCGUAGGUGUCAACGACCAAACGCCGAAUGCCAUGACUCUCCACACUGGCGCCAACUGCAAUAUGCCUGCCAGUCGCACUCAGACAGGUACUGCAACGCUAAACAAUUGCGACGUCAAUGCCAAUGGAAACAGCGGUUGUGGUGUUCAGGCACCCACACCAGAUAGCUACGGUCCUGCUUUCAACAACGCUGGUGGGGGUUUUUAUGCCAUGGAGAGGACCAGUACUUUCAUCAAAGUCUGGUUCUGGGGCCGCAAUGCUGGCAACGUCCCUGCUGAAGUUCGAAGUGGUGGCAACUCGAUAAAUACUGAUACAUGGGGCACCCCCACCGCCUUUUUCCCAAACACACAAUGUGACAUCGCCUCACACUUUGAUGCUCACAACAUUAUAAUCAACCUUACGUUCUGCGGUGACUGGGCUGGUCAGGCGGGUAUUUUUAACGGUGCCGGUUGUCCCGGUGCCUGCACUGACUAUGUGAAUAACAAUCCUAGUGCAUUCACAGACGCAUUCUGGGAUAUUGCCGCUCUUCGCGUCUACACCUAAUCUUAAGUCUAUUUGUAGAACUGCUGUAUUUUUAUUGGACCAUUGUAUCUAUUAAUGGCUUGUCUCUGAAUGCCACCUGUACACAAUUCACAACAAACUGCUGAAUCCAAG